GCUGCCCUCCGCGCGGCCCUGCCCAUGUGCAGCCGGCCGGCCGGGCUCUCCUCCUCGCAGGCGGAUGGGUGACCUUUUCCUGGCUCGGGCAGGCUGUGCGAGGCGGCGGAGCAGGCGAUGAAGAAGAAGCAGCAGUAUCCCGGCGGCGGCGCGGAUGCCUGGCCCCAUGGGGCCCCUCUGGGGGGCGCCCCUGCGGGCCUGGGCAGCUGGAAGCGCCGGGUCUCCCUGCUGCCUUUCCUGCGCUUCUCCCUCCGGGACUACGGCUUCUGCAUGGCCACCCUGCUGGUCUUCUGCCUGGGCUCCCUCUUCUAUCAGCUCAGCGGGGGACCCCCUCGCUUCCUGCUCGACCUGCGGCAGUAUUUGGGAAAUUCCACUUACUUGGAUGAUCAUGGACCACCUCCUAGUAAGGUGCUACCUUUCCCCAGCCAGGUGGUGUACAACAGAGUAGGCAAGUGUGGGAGUCGUACUGUGGUCUUGCUUCUGAGAAUCUUGUCGGAAAAGCACGGAUUCAAUUUGGUCACGUCAGACAUUCACAACAAAACCAGGCUUACUAAAAAUGAACAAAUGGAACUGAUUAAAAAUAUAAGUACUGCCGAACAGCCCUAUUUAUUCACUCGACAUGUUCAUUUCCUCAACUUCUCAAGGUUUGGAGGAGACCAGCCUGUCUACAUCAACAUCAUUAGAGACCCCGUCAACCGGUUUUUAUCUAACUAUUUUUUCCGUCGAUUUGGAGACUGGAGAGGGGAACAGAAUCACAUGAUCCGCACCCCCAGCAUGAGGCAGGAGGAGCGCUACCUGGAUAUCAAUGAGUGCAUUCUUGAAAACUAUCCUGAGUGUUCCAACCCCAGAUUAUUUUACAUCAUUCCAUAUUUUUGUGGACAGCAUCCCAGAUGCAGGGAGCCUGGUGAGUGGGCCCUUGAAAGAGCAAAGUUGAACGUGAAUGAAAACUUCCUGCUUGUGGGGAUUCUCGAAGAGUUGGAAGACGUGCUGCUUUUACUGGAAAGAUUUUUACCUCAUUACUUCAAGGGUGUGCUCAGUAUCUACAAAGACCCAGAGCAUAGGAAACUUGGAAAUAUGACUGUGACCGUGAAGAAGACUGUCCCCUCCCCCGAAGCCGUGCAGAUUCUCUACCAGCGAAUGAGAUACGAGUAUGAGUUCUACCACUACGUCAAAGAGCAGUUCCACCUGCUGAAGCGCAAGUUUGGACUGAAGUCCCACGUCAGCAGGCCCCCUCUGAGACCCCAGUUCUUUAUUCCAACUCCACUGGAAACCGAGGAGCCAAUCGAUGACGAGGAGCAAGAUGACGAGAAGUGGCUAGAAGAUAUUUAUAAGAGGUGAUGCCAGCACUGUGUUGCCUCCACCGGCUGUAUCUCCCUUUUCCAGAAAGUUCUUUUGUGGGGGGGAGGAAAAAUCCUUAAGGGACUAAAUUAAUGCUCAGCUGCAUUAAAAAGAACAAAACAUGCCCAUAUGUUGGGGUCAUGGGGAGAUGCCUGGUUUUGCGGGUCUCACUUGUCUGACUGCAUUGUGUCUUCCUGGCUCCUUGGGUCCUAUCCCAGGUACACUAGAUGGUGCCAUCAUGGAGCAUCCCAUCAAAACAUAGCUUUUCCCUCUAACAUCAUGAAAGGAGGGGGAGAAAUAGAGCCCAUGGCCCAGUAACUUAUCAUUUGUAAAAUGACUUGUAAAAAUAUUACCUCAGUGGUAGGACACAUCCAGACUUACCUAUUUCGGUAGAAAGACAAAACCACUUCAGAGACCAGGGAAUCCACUCUAGAAGGAUCUAAGAGGAGAAGCUAAGACUGAUAAGGACCUCAAAAGGGAGGAUGCCCUUGGAUGAGUGGUUUCUGCCCCCGUGGGUAGAAUUCUGCCUCUGGUCCAUCUCAGGGGACACCUUCACCAAGAGCAGCGUACUUAUCUCUGAAAGGAGUCAGCUCUUGCCACACCCCCAACCCAUCUAGAGCCUCGGGUACCUUUCAAGGUCAAGGGGCACGGCAAGCUCCAUUGAGACACUCCCUUUCCAAGCACUAUUCUGACAGAUAUCAAAGCAGUGUAGCAGGGAAAAGAAUUUGUUUGCUAUGUAAGGAAGACUGUAGGCGAGACAGAGCAACUCUGGAGGUCAUGUGACAUCAGGAAAAUGGUACGGUUGUGUUCUUUGCACCCAGUAUGAAACAUCUCUCUCCCCAGCAUGCUUUCACUGGAAACCCAGGAACCAGUUUAGCUCUGGCAUUUGGCGGCUGUGGGCAGAAGUUCUAAGCCUGACCACAGACGACGAUGCAUAAUCUACCAGGCAAACCCCUGGCCCCAGUUGGGUCCACAGUCACUGGCAUCUUUCACCUUUGGUCCCUUGAGAGGUACCUGGUUUUGGUAAAAAAAAAAAGAAAAGGGGGGGGUCCUGAGUUCUACUCAGGCAGCUGUGAAACCACAGUCCCAUUUCUUAUGGAAGCAGCUCUCUCCUGAGAACGCUUAUUAAGACAUUAAGAAGAGAAGAAGCAAGAGCUUCUGGUAAGUGUCUGCCUGACCAGCUCUCUGAGUAGGUGUCUCCCUGCAGAGUAGUCUGCAUAGCUGUUGGGCAGUUCCAUUGCUCCAAAUAUCUCUUCUCCCCAUUUCUCUCCCGUCAUCUGCCACCUAUUCAUGAUCCUGUGGGUCUUCGGCUUCUGAAAUGUUUUCACCGUUAACUGCUCCCUCCUCCCCAGCCCUGAAUAUACAUAUAUUCCUGGGUGGAUAACAUACAGCCAACCGAGAAGCAAGGGUGCAGGUGGUGAUGGUAGGCAGGAUACUUGCAUCAGAUUUUGUCUCCUUCAUGUUUUUUCCCCUAGAGCCGGUCCUUUCAAAGCACUAGCAAAGUGUGAGUUGGGAACACUUAAUAGUAAAUAAGACUGACUUUACACAAGCUACACAUUUUCUACUUUUCAGAAACCAACAAGUCUCUCUAGAGUUUUUUCUUCGUUCACUAAAACUGGACGGUAGCCAAGAUAUAAAGCAAGUCCUUUGGAACCUGUCAAGUGAGCACUAAAGCUACUUUAUCAUGAGAUGUACUGAGAAGGCUCCGCCCCACAGGAGUCCAGCGAAGGCUGGGACCACAGAGGCACAAAAUCCAGCAUUUGGCCACUGGUGGGCCUCCUUUCUGCCUCAGAGAACUGGGGCAGAGACGUGCUUAAGAAAAAUGUUCUUAGAAGAGGAAAUAUCCUUUGUCCUGUUGAGAGAGGCCAGGGCCCUACCAUUAGGCCUACCUUAAAAAGCAACACAGAGAACCGCUGUCCUAUUGAAAACAAAAACAAGAACGACAGCCUGGUACAUGGUGAGUCAUUUCUCUGAAACUGCACAUAAAGAAUGAUAAUUAGUUCACACACUGUACAAGCUCACUCUCUGAAAAUAAAAUUGAAUUG